CCGUCUUGAGCUCGAGAACAGCAACAGACACAGGAGUGCAGAGCAGAGGUGACAGUUCCCCGAACAGCUGAUAAACUGUGACCUCCGAGGGCAGGAGUCAUCAUCAUGGCUGCAGCUGCUGCUCCUCUUGCUGCUGCUCCAGCCACCAAAGGCAGCCUGAGAGAGGAUCUGACGUGUCCCAUAUGCUGCGACUUGUUCCGUGAGCCGGUCAUGUUGGGCUGCAUGCACCACUUCUGCAAACCCUGCAUCUCCAGGUACUGGAGAACGACACACGGGCCGGUCACCUGCCCACAAUGCAGAAAGGAGUUCACCUGCAAGCAGUUUCAAACCAACUAUCUGGUUGCUGCCAUGGUGGAGAAGGUCAGGGCCAGCACCUCACACACUUACAUCCAGAACCUUGAGAAACAACUGAGAGAGACUUUGGAGAACCAUUGCCUGCGGAGGGAGGACCUCAGCAAUAGUAUUCGCAAAGAAAAAGACAAGAUGGAAACAAUAAAGAGACUUGGAGCAGAUCUGCAGGCUCGUGUCAGAGGUGAGUUUGGUGCUCUCCGUCAGAUACUGCACGACGAGGAGACGCGUAUGCUGGAGCAGCUGAGGAGAGAGCAGGAGGAGGAGCUGGAGAAGGUCCAGCACCACCUGGAGGCCAUCAAGCUGGCCAUGAGGGAGGUGGAGGAGAACAUGAGAGUGCUGGAGGAGGCGAGCGCUACCACCGAGAAUAUCGUAUUGACUGAGCUCCCACAGCUAAGACAAUGUCCACAGGUGGAUAGUGCUCCAGAGUUGGACACAAAUGCAUUCAGUAGCAAAUACUUGGCACCUUUGCAGUACAUCACAUGGAGGAAAAUGUUCAAAUCUUUAAAGCCAGGUCCGUCCCCAUUAACGUUUGACGUUGACACAGCGCAUCCGAGCAUCAGAGUCUCCAGGGAUAAAACUGUCGCUGUCGAAUAUGACAGCGUGACGUGGCACACAGACAACAACAAGCGCUUCCUCCAGUGCGUUAACAUUCUGGCGUCUCAGGGCUUCUACUCAGGCCGACACUACUGGGAGGUCGAAGUGGGCACCAAACCUAAAUGGGACAUGGGCGUGGCCUCAGAGGCCGUAGACAGGCACUCGCGGAUCAAGCUGAGUCCGGAAAGAGGCUACUGGACCCUGCGACUCCGCAACAGGAAUGAGUACUCUGCCGGCACCCAGCCCUGGACAAGGUUGCAGCUCAGCUCUUCCCCUCGGAGGCUCGGUGUGUUCGUAGACUGCGAGGAGAGGUGGGUGUCCUUCUACAAUGCCGACGACAUGAGUCUGAUUUAUUCGUACACCAACGGGCCGAGGGGCAAGGUGUUUCCCUUCUUCAGCCCGUGCAUUAGUGGCAGCAGUCAGGAGCCUCAGCCAAUCAGACUCCUCCACUACCCACCUGUCGCAAUGUCCGGCUAACAAUUGAUAAUCAAUGAAAGCUUUUCAGCUUGUAAGAAGUCCAUUGCCAUUGUUUGCAUUAGGCCUAGGGUCAUACUUUUGUCCACAGAGAUGUGCGUAUGGUUCCUUUCAUACUAAAAUGAGGAUCUGUCAUCAAGUGUACUUGUAAUGGCAGUUUCUCACCAGCAGUUUGUGUUUUCUUGUCGUCUAUAAGUACAGUUCCACGCACAGUUAAGUUUAGCUGUGUGUUAGCCUCCGUCACGCUAGGUUGUGAUACCCCACCCAGCUUGUUAGCAGGCAGUGUCCGGCUUAGCUGGUCGAACACUACUCUGAGGCUUCCUACCAUCCAUGAAUUUAGAAGUUUCAGUUCUAUGAGCUGACGGAGCAUAAAGUUGAUCUCCUCAUUAGCCCCAAAAACACUGUACCAGGCUGAAUUUUGCCAUGGUUGCUGUCGUAUGCUUCUGUACACUGGCUUCUUCUAUUUUUGUCUACACAGGGAGGUGUGAAUUGUAGCAAAUAGACUAG